AUGCAGGCUUGGCGGCCUCGUUCCGCUGGCCGCCGCCGUAAUGAGGUUGAAUAUUCAUGCGAUUCUAUACGAGGCAUGACUGGCGAUGGAACAAACGAUAGCGACGGCAUUUGUCUGCUGCGUCUCCGAGGCUGCGGACAAUGGUGCACGCGGCUGGAAGAAGCAGUCGUGUUGGAAAUGGAAAAAACAAAAUAG